UAGUGAUUCUCCAUUCGUAUCAAAUCGAAGAUUUUUAUAAGUACUAAACUCUGAUAUACGGAGAUAUAUAUAUGUAUAAUUAUGUCGAAGAGCUUGUUGGACAUUACUGAACAUGAUUCACAAGCAUCCGAACUGGACCAGUUAGCUUUUCCAACGUCAUCAACCACAACGAACGAACAUGAAAUGACGAAAUUUCUACCAGAAAAACCAGCGGUUUUACUGAAGACGAGGAAAGCAAAACAGUCGAAAGCUACACCGAAACAAAGGUUUCUGGCGAGGCAGAAAUAUUUCACUGCUGGGUCGAAAAUCGAUAAGAAAAAUGCGAGGUGUUUGGAUGAAGAUCCUUCACCAUACAGUUAUCCGAAAGAUUUGGACGAACUUGCUCAAAGAAUUAUGACGAAAGCCUGGAGGGAUGACGUUAGACGGAAAGAAUUGAAAGUGAACUGUUUCAAUAAAACGAGCUAUCAGGGAAGAAGAAAAGCAGACUUAUUGAAUAGAUUGUACGUUGAAGAACCUAAAGUUGAGUCUAUGAAAACUGUUCUCGAUAUUGAUCCCCAAUACUUCAAAGUUAUAGAAGGUCGACCGAUUCCUGACAGUCACAGCAUCCGAGAUUACAUCGAGAUAAACAAAGAAUGCCUCAGAACCAGGAUCAUAAACGGAUAUCGAGAGGACGACAUACGGUUGAUCGAGGAAAAUCUCGUACACGAGCAGAAAUUGAUAGACAGUAUUCAAGUGAACUAUCAAAAAUACGUGAAUAUUUUCGAAGAAUUCCUAUACCGAGAUCACUCGUCUGCAAUGAAGUUACUGAAGUUGUCUCAAGAGGCUGCUGAUAACGCCGAUGAAAAAUAUUGGGAAUUGAAGGCAUGUUCCAAGAAAUAUGAUGCAGCAAAAUCUUCAUUGUACCAGUCCGAGCAAAAAUGGAGGAAUUGCAAGUUAUACCAGAGAUUCCUCCACAACGUCAGCCCUGUUUCCUGGAGGUCCACGAGUGGAUGUAAUAUGAAAAGUAAAAGCAUCAGCAUCUACGUACAGAAGCCUGACCAGGCUGACGAAUCGGACAUCUUUGGAAAAUUCAGGCAAUCUAUCCAAGAAAAAGCGCCAUCUCUUAGUGACAUUCUCGAAGCUUUUCGCGAAGAAGUCAAGAACGACACUCCGCCAGAAAUUUACUUCACCGAACCAGAAGAACUCAUGGAGGUGUUUCAGUACAUGCAAAUACAGAAUUUGAACUCAUUGAUGCACACCGAGGAAAUGGCAAUUCCUUUGGCCAACAUCAAAGACGCUAUUAAGGAUGCAGAGAAGUUAUUCGAUGUAGAAAUAAAAUCUCUUCAGGCAGAAAUAGAUUUUCUGGAAGGCGGCAUACGCUGGGAAGAAGAGCGUGCGGAAUACAUGGAAGAACAAGGAAAAAACUUAAUCAAUAAGGACUUCAGGACUCUGAUUACGGACCAUGAGGUACUGAACUUGCACGUAUUUGUAGAAGACGUUUAUGAGACUAGAGUAGGCCCAAAUGAUGCUGACCUGACUAUGUUAGAGAUGAUGAAGGGCAUUGAAGAGAAGUACAGGAAUGAACUGUUGAGUUUCGAUAAGUUGCCAAGUGACCAAAUAACGAUGUUAGAAGGUAGCUGCUAUCAGGAACAGAUGACAGUGAUGCAAUUGGCCGAGAUGGCAGCAAGAGAGUAUGCGAAUUUGGAGAAACUGAAUUACAGAUUGACCAAAGCGUUUGAACCGCCUUUCAAGAAGGCCCCCAGUAAAGAACCGAAGAAAAGAUCACCCCCCGUCGAACCGCCAGAAGUCGUCCUGCCACCUCCUCGCAGCCUCACGGAAGCGGAAGAGGAGUUCCUGGAGUACUUCACGGAUUUCUGCAAGUACACCGACGACCCCACGAAGUACGGCAUCGAUACCAGGGCUAGAGCUGUCGGCGGGAUGAUGAGAUUGGACUUCGAGGAGCGGACCUCGACCAAGCGGAGCAGAUACGUGUCCAGGGUCAAGGGGGUGGAUGCCCUGGAAAAUUUAGUCAGGGCCAAGACGUGAAAAGUGAAAUUUUAUCAUAAACCUAUACACCUAUAUUUACAAUUAGUUCUUAAUG